UCUUCGACUGCAACAAUGGCCUUGAGAACAACAGGAAGUGUGUUGGGGGUCUUUCUCUGGUCUGUAGCAGUGGUACUGGGUCAGGAUGGCUGGAGUGUUACAUACACCACUCAGAGUAUCUGUACCUUGAAGGGGUCAUCAGUGGAUCUGUUCUGCUCUUACACAUAUCCCAGAGGUAAAGUCACAACAACCUUCUGGUUCACUAAAAUGGAGGCUGGUAUAGAACCUGAAGAUCUAGGUCAGGACCCAGAGUAUGCAGAUCGUCUGGAGUAUCAUGGAGAUAAGAAGAAAGACUGUACCCUGAAAAUCACAGACCUGAGAGAGAGAGACUCAGCUACGUACAAGUUCAGAUUAUUAACAGAUCAGGAAGGAGGGAAAUAUUCUGGAAGUCCUGGAGUCACUCUUUCUGUUACAGGUCUUCAGGUGAAGGUGAAUGGUGGACAUCAGGAUAAGACACUGACCUGUAGCACCACCUGUACUCUGACUGACAACCCCACCUACAUCUGGUACAAGAACGGACAACAUCUAGAUGAGAGCACCUCCCCCCAGUACAAAUACUCAGUCUCCAGGAACUAUGAUGACACUUAUUCCUGUGCUGUAAAAGGCCAUGAGGACCUCCACUCUCCUGCAGUGUGUGUUCAGGGUCAGAGCUGCAACAGAGUGACUUACACCAAGAGGAGAAUCUGUGUCUUGAAGGGGUCAACAGUGGACAUAUCCUGUACUUAUGUUGGUUAUUAUUCCACCACAUCAUCAUUCUGGUUUAGAAGUGAUAAGUCGACCCCUGAAGACCUAACCAGAGACCCAGGGUAUGCAAGUCGAGUGGAGUACACUGGAACAUACGGAGUUCCCUUCACCCUGAGAAUCUCAAAUCUGAGAGAGGACGACUCAGCUGAGUAUCGCUUCACUUUUAAAACAAACAACUUUGACUGGGGUCAUAGUUUCCCAGGAACAACUCUGUCUGUCACAGGUGUAUGUGGUUUUAUACAUAUUGUUUCAGGUCUGCAGGUGAAGGUGACUCCUGCUGCAGUGGGACAGAAGACACUGACCUGUAGCACCACCUGUACUCUGACUGACAACCCCACCUACAUCUGGUACAAGAACGGACAACAUCUAGAUGAGAGCACCUCCCCCCAGUACAAAGACCCAGUCUCCAGUAACUAUGAAGACAGUUACUCCUGUGCUGUAAAAGGCCAUGAGGAUCUCCACUCUCCUGCAGUUUGUGUUCAGGGUCAGAGCUGCAACAGAGUGACUUACACCAAGAGGAGAAUCUGUGUCUUGAAGGAGUCAACAGUGGACAUAUCCUGUACUUAUGUUGGUUAUUAUUCCACCACAUCAUCAUUCUGGUUUAGAAGUGAUAAGUCGACCCCUGAAGACCUAACCACAAACCCAGGGUAUGCAGGUCGUGUGGAGUACACUGGAACAUACAGAGGUCCCUUCACCCUGAGAAUCACAGAUCUGAGAGAGGAGGACUCAGCUGGGUAUCGCUUCACUUUUAAAGCAGACAACUUUGACUGGGGUCAUAGUUUCCCAGGAACAACUCUGUCUGUCACAGGUCUGCAGGUGAAGGUGACUCCUGCUGCAGAGGGACAGAAUACACUGACCUGUAGCACCACCUGUACUCUGACUGACAACCCCACCUACAUCUGGUACAAGAACGGACAACAUCUAGAUGAGAGCACCUCCCCCCAGUACAAAGACCCAGUCUCCAGUAACUAUGAAGACAGUUACUCCUGUGCUGUAAAAGGCCAUGAGGAUCUCCACUCUCCUGCAGUUUGUGUUCAGGGUCAGAGCUGCAACAGAGUGACUUACAUAGAGAGGAGAAUCUGUGUCUUGAAGGGGUCAACAGUGUACAUAUACUGUACUUAUGUUGGUUAUUAUUCCACCACAUCAUCAUUCUGGUUUAGAAGUGAUAAGUCGACCCCUGAAGACCUAACCACUGACCCAGGGUAUGCAGGUCGUGUGAAGUACACUGGAACAUACAGAGGUCCCUUCACCCUGAGAAUCACAGAUCUGAGAGAGGACGACUCAGCUGAGUAUCGCUUCCCAUUUAAAACAGACAACUUUGAAUGGGGUCAUAGUUUCCCAGGAACAACUCUGUCUGUCACAGGUCUGCAGGUGAAGGUGACUCCUGCUGCAGAGGGACAGAAGAAACUGACCUGUAGCACCACCUGUACUCUGACUGACAACCCCACCUACAUCUGGUACAAGAACGGACAACAUCUAGAUGAGCCCACCUCCCGGCAAUACUCUGUCAAUAGUUAUUAUUCAGACAGCUACUCCUGUGCUGUAAAAGGCCAUGAGAAUCUCCACUCUCCUGCAGUGUGUGUUGUGGGUGAGAGCUGUAUGAAUGUGACUUACACCCAUCAGAGUAUCUGUGCUUUGAAAGGGUCAACAGUGGACAUAUCCUGCUUUUACACACAUCCCAGUUGGCAUAACGUCACAGAAGUGUCCUGGUUCAGCAAAUGGAAGUCUGGUGUCACUAAAGACCUGAGCCUGAACCCAGAGUAUGCAGAUCGUGUGGAAUACCAUCGACAAACAGAAAAGGACUCCACCCUGAGAAUCACAGACCUGAGAGAAAGUGACUCAACUGAGUACAAGUUCAGAUUUACAACUGAUGAGGCAAGAUGGGGGUACAGCUUCCCUGGAACAACUCUGUCUGUCACAGGUUCCCAGGUGGAGGUGACUCCUAAAAGGAGAUCAGAGUUGAAGACACUGUCCUGUAUCACCACCUGUACUCUCAGUAACCCCAACCCCAUCUAUAUAUGGUACAAGAACGGACAACAUCUAGAUGAGAGCACCUCCCCCCAGUACAAAGACCCAGUCUCCAGUAACUAUGAAGACAGUUACUCCUGUGCUGUAAAAGGUCAUGAGGAUCUCCACUCUCCUGCAGUGUGUGUUCAGGGUCAGAGCUGCUACAGAGUGACUUACACCAAGAGGAGAAUCUGUGUCUUGAAGGGGUCAACAGUGGACAUAUCCUGUACUUAUGUUGGUUAUUAUUCCACCACAUCAUCAUUCUGGCUUAGAAGUGAUAAGUCGACCCCUGAAGACCUAACCACAGACCCAGGGUAUGCAGGUCGUGUGGAGUACACUGGAACAUACAGAGGUCCCUUCACCCUGAGAAUCACAGAUCUGAGAGAGGAGGACUCAGCUGAGUAUCGCUUCACUUUUAAAGCAAACAACUUUGAAUGGGGUCAUAGUUUCCCAGGAACAACUCUGUCUGUCACAGGUCUGCAGGUGAAGGUGACUCCUGCUGCAGAGGGACAGAAGAAACUGACCUGUAUCACCACCUGUACUCUGACUGACAACCCCACCUACAUCUGGUACAAGAACGGACAACAUCUAGAUGAGAGCACCUCCCCCCAGUACAAAGACCCAGUCUCCAGUAACUAUGAAGACAGUUACUCCUGUGCUGUAAAAGGCCAUGAGAAUCUCCACUCUCCUGCAGUGUGUGUUGUGGGUGAGAGCUGUAUGAAUGUGACUUACACCCAUCAGAGUAUCUGUGCUUUGAAAGGGUCAACAGUGGACAUAUCCUGCUUUUACACACAUCCCAGGUGGCAUAACGUCACAGAAGUGUCCUGGUUCAACAAAUGGGAGUCUGGUGUCACUAAAGACCUGAGCCUGAACCCAGAGUAUGCAGAUCGUUUGGAAUACCAUCGACAAACAGACAAGGACUCCACCCUGAGAAUCACAGACCUGAGAGAAAGUGACUCAACUGAGUACAAGUUCAGAUUUACAUCUGACGAGGCAAGAUGGGGGUACAGCUUCCCUGGAACAACUCUGUCUGUCACAGGUUUUCAGGUGGAGGUGACUCCUAAAUGGAGUUCAGAGUUGAAGACACUGUCCUGUAUCACCACCUGUACUCUCAGUAACCCCAACCCCAUCUAUAUAUGGUACAAGAACGGACAACAUCUAGAUGAGAGCACCUCCCCCCAGUACAAAUACUCAGUCUCCAAUGACUAUGAUGCCAGUUAUUCCUGUGCUGUAAAAGGUCAUGAGGAUCUCCACUCUCCUGCAGUGUGUGUUCAGGGUCAGAGCUGCAACAGAGUGACUUACACCAAGAGGAGAAUCUGUGUCUUGAAGGGGUCAACAGUGGACAUAUCCUGUACUUAUGUUGGUUAUUAUUCCACCACAUCAUCAUUCUGGUUUAGAAGUGAUAAGUCGACCCCUGAAGACCUAACCAGAGACCCAGGGUAUGCAAGUCGAGUGGAGUACACUGGAACAUACGGAGUUCCCUUCACCCUGAGAAUCUCAAAUCUGAGAGAGGACGACUCAGCUGAGUAUCGCUUCACUUUUAAAACAAACAACUUUGACUGGGGUCAUAGUUUCCCAGGAACAACUCUGUUUGUCACAGGUCUGCAGGUGAAGGUGACUCCUGCUGCAGUGGGACAGAAGACACUGACCUGUAGCACCACCUGUACUCUGACUGACAACCCCACCUACAUCUGGUACAAGAACGGACAACAUCUAGAUGAGAGCACCUCCCCCCAGUACAAAGACCCAGUCUCCAGUAACUAUGAAGACAGUUACUCCUGUGCUGUAAAAGGCCAUGAGGAUCUCCACUCUCCUGCAGUUUGUGUUCAGGGUCAGAGCUGCAACAGAGUGACUUACACCAAGAGGAGAAUCUGUGUCUUGAAGGAGUCAACAGUGGACAUAUCCUGUACUUAUGUUGGUUAUUAUUCCACCACAUCAUCAUUCUGGUUUAGAAGUGAUAAGUCGACCCCUGAAGACCUAACCACAAACCCAGGGUAUGCAGGUCGUGUGGAGUACACUGGAACAUACAGAGGUCCCUUCACCCUGAGAAUCACAGAUCUGAGAGAGGAGGACUCAGCUGGGUAUCGCUUCACUUUUAAAGCAGACAACUUUGACUGGGGUCAUAGUUUCCCAGGAACAACUCUGUCUGUCACAGGUCUGCAGGUGAAGGUGACUCCUGCUGCAGAGGGACAGAAUACACUGACCUGUAGCACCACCUGUACUCUGACUGACAACCCCACCUACAUCUGGUACAAGAACGGACAACAUCUAGAUGAGAGCACCUCCCCCCAGUACAAAGACCCAGUCUCCAGUAACUAUGAAGACAGUUACUCCUGUGCUGUAAAAGGCCAUGAGGAUCUCCACUCUCCUGCAGUUUGUGUUCAGGGUCAGAGCUGCUACAGAGUGACUUACACCAAGAGGAGAAUCUGUGCCCUGAAGGGGUCAACAGUGGACAUAUCCUGUACUUAUGUUGGUUUUUAUAACACCACAUCAUCAUUCUGGUUUAGAAGUGAUAAGUCGACCCCUGAAGACCUAACCACAGAUCCAGGGUAUGAAGGUCGUGUGGAGUACACUGGAACAUACAGAGGUCCCUUCACCCUGAGAAUCACAGAUCUGAGAGAGGAGGACUCAGCUGAGUAUCGCUUCACUUUUAAAACAGACAACUUUGACUGGGGUCAUAGUUUCCCAGGAACAACUCUGACUGUCACAGACCUGCAGGUGAAGGUGACUCCUGGCACAGUGACAGAAGGAUCAUGGGUUACACUGACAUGUAGCACCACCUGUACUCUAACUGAAAUCCCCAAGCCCACCUACAUCUGGUACAUGAACGGAGAAUAUCUAUUUUCUGACUCCUCUUCCCAGUAUCAAUACUCAGUCAGUAGAGGAGGUUCUGACAGCUACUCCUGUGCCUUAAGAGGCCAUGACAAACUCAGCUCUCCUGAAGUCACAGUGGAUACUUCUUCUCUGAGCUGCUUAAGGGUGACCUACACCAGUAGAAGCAUUUGUUCCUUGAUACCAUCCGAGGACCUGCCUUGCACUACCAUAUAUUCCACAGACCUGCAGGUGAAGGUGACUCCUGACACAGAGGCAGGGAAGAGGACACUGACCUGUAGCACCACCUGUACUCUGACUGACAACCCCACCUACAUCUGGUACAGGAAUGGACAGUCUCUUGCUUGGCUCACUUCCCAACAACACUCUGUCUGGAGUUCUGAAACAGAGAGUUACUCCUGUGCUGUUAAAGGCCAUGAGGAUCUCCGCUCUCCUGCAGUGUGUGUUCAGGGUCACAACCGCUGGAGUGUGACUUACACCAAGAGGAGAAUCUGUGUCUUGAAGGGGUCAACAGUGAACAUAUCCUCCUCUUACACUCAUCCCACUUGUUAUAUAGAACAAGGUUCAUUCUGGUUUACACAGAAAGACCCUGUAGAUCUCAGGUCAUAUCCAGAGUCUGCAGGUCAUGUGGAGUACAAUAGGAACACAGAGAACCACCACACCAUGACAAUAACACACCUGACAGAGAAGGACUCGGCUGAAUACAAAUUCAGAUUACUAACAACAGAUGAGGGGAGAUUUUCUGGCCUUCCUGGUGUGAUGUUGACUGUCACAGAUAUCCUGUUGGAGAUGGAUCCUACGUCUGUGUCAGAGGGGGGGUGGGUCACACUGAGAUGUAGAACCCAAUGUCGAGUCGGUCUCAACCCCACCUACAUCUGGUACAAGAAUGGACAAUAUCUAGAGCAGUGGACUUCCUCUAUAAACUCUAAAUAUGUCUACAGUAUGGAUGCAGGCAGCUACUCCUGUUCUUUAAAAGGCCAUGAGGAUCUCCGCUCUCCUGCAGUGUGUGUUCAUAAUUCAAACUGCUGGAGUGUGACUUACACCAAGAGGAGAAUCUAUGUCUUGAAGGGCUCCACAGUGAACAUAUCCUGCUAUUACACUCAUGCCACUAGUUAUAUUGAACAAGGUUCAUUCUGGUUUACAAAGAAACACCCUGUAGAUCUCAGGUCAUAUCCAAAGUAUACAGGUCGUGUGGAGUACAAUAGGAACACAGAGAACAACCACACCAUGACAAUAACACACCUGACAGAGAAGGACUCAGCUGAAUACAAAUUUAGAUUACUAACAACAGAUAAGGGGAGAUUUUCUGGUCUUCCUGGUGUGAUGUUGACUGUCACAGAUAUCCUGUUGGAGAUGGAUCCUACGUCUGUGUCAGAGGGGGAGAGAGUCACACUGAGAUGUAGAACCCAAUGUCGAGUCGGUCUCAACCCCACCUACAUCUGGUACAAGAACGGACAAAGUCUGACCAACCCAAUCACCAGUUAUAACAGCCUGAUCCUAGACCCAGUCAGCAGUGAGGAUGCAGGGAACUACUCCUGUGCUGUAGAAGGCUUAGAGAGAAUCCUCUCUCCAGAAGAGACUCUCACUGUCAGAUAUGGCCCAAAGAACACCUCAGUGUCAGUCAGUCCUUCUGGUGAAAUAGUGGAGGGCAGUUCAGUGACUCUGACCUGCAGCAGUUAUGCCAACCCUCCUGUGGACAAAUACACCUGGUACAACAAGAAUGGAGGUCACUAUCAGUUCUCCUAUGGGAUCACAGGACCACAUCUUGUCUUCAAUCAAAUCAAGUCCUCAGUCACUGGAGAGUACUACUGUGAGGCCUGGAAUGGGAUUAAGACGGGGAAGUCUGAGUCAAUCAACAUCAAUGUGAAAUACGCUCCAAAGAACACCUCAGUGUCAGUCAGUCCCUCUGGUGAACUAGUGGAGGGCAGUUCAGUGACUCUGACCUGCAGCUGUGAUGCUAACCCACCUGUGGACAAAUACACCUGGUACAAGAAGAACUUAGCCUCACCAAAAGCAUCAGGACAGAGUUACAGCAUCACUAACAUCAGCUCUGAGGACAGAGGAGAAUAUUACUGUGAGGCUGAGAAUAAAUAUGGACGUCUCAACUCUUCUUCUGUGUCUGUGGACGUUCAGUAUGGUCCAAAGAACACCUCAGUGUCAGUCAGUCCCUCUGGUGAAAUAGUGGAGGGCAGUUCAAUGACUCUGACCUGCAGCAGUGAUGCCAACCCACCUGUGGACAAAUACACCUGGUACAAGAAGAACGUAACCUCACCAAAAGCAUCAGGACAGAGUUACAGCAUCACUAACAUCAUCUCUGAGGACAGAGGAGAAUAUUACUGUGAGGCCCAGAAUGGAAGAGGAUCUAUGAACUCUACAGCUCUGAUGAUCAUUGUAGCAGGGAAACAAAUAUCAGUUCUGACUGCAGCUGUCGGAAUCAUUGUUGUUGUUCUGGUUCUCAUCCUCUGUCUCUCUGGACUCAUGUGGUUCAGGAAGAAGAACUCCACAUCCACCUCCAACACAAGAGACACAGCAGAUGAUGGACAGGGAGACUCUAGUCCAGUGUAUGACAAUGUCUCAAACAUGGCCAUGACCCCUACUGCAGCACAGACAGAGUCCACAUACGACCAGGAUGAUGUUCACUACGCCAGCGUCCACUUCUCUCACUCCAAAAAACAGGAAGUGCCUCUGUACUCCACCGUCCAAGUGCCUCAGCCCCAGAAACAGGAUGAGGAUGUCCAGUACGCUGCUGUGAAAUUCAACCUCCCCUGUGCUGCCACCCGACCAGCAGCAGCACAAGCAGCUGAGGUGGAUGCCUCUGAGAUCUACAGUACAGUCAACAAACCCAGAACCAAGAAGACCUGAACACAACAAACCCAGAACCAAGAAGACCUGAACACAACAAACCCAGAACCAAGAUGACCUGAACACAAAGGCCCAGAACCACAAACCCAGAACCAGGAAGAACUGAACACAACAAUCCCAGAACCAAGAAGACCUGAACACAACAAACCCAGAACCAAGAAUACCUGAACACAACAAACCCAGAACCAAGAAGACCUGAACACAAAGGCCCAGAACCACAAACCCAGAACCAGGAAGAACUGAACACAACAAAACCAGAACCAAGAAGACCUGAACACAACAAACCCAGAAACAAGAAGACAUGAACACAACAAACCCAGAACCAAGAAGACCUGAACACAAAGGCCCAGAACCACAAACCCAGAACCAGGAAGAACUGAACACAACAAACCCAGAACCAAGAAGACAUGAACACAAAGGCCCAGAACCACAAACCCAGAACCAAGAAGAACUGAACACAACAAAACCAGAACCAAUAAGACCUGAACACAACAAACCCAGAAACAAGAAGACCUGAACACAACAAACCCAGAACCAAGAAGACAUGAACACAAAGGCCCAGAACCACAAACCCAGAACCAGGAAGAACUGAACACAACAAAACCAGAACCAAGAAGACCUGAACACAACAAACCCAGAAACAAGAAGACAUGAACACAACAA